GGUCAUGCCAGAGUAUCAGGGUUGGCAUGAUGCAAUCAGCUAAUUGGCACAUUCAGUAGCUCGUAGUCAGUAGAUUGGGAUUCAGGUAAUGAUGCUGAUGUAACCACCUGGGAGGAAUAGCAGAGAGAGAGAGAGAGAGGAGCUGAGGCAUCGGAAGGACUCUGGCAGGAGGGAGUGACACUAUUUCUUGGGAGGAGAGAAAGGGGAACGCCCAGAUCAGCGAGGAGGUGUCAGUGGGGUAUUGCUGGAAGGCAGCUCAGAGAGACCGGAUCAUUGCUGCUACCUUCUUACUGCCCUCCAUGGUAUUUGUACCUGCAGGACGUGCUAUCCCUCCCCUCUCACCUGGAGUGUGGACCAUGGGACCCCUGCAAGAGAGCAAGAAAAUGCAAGAAAAGGAGAUUGCGCGAAGCCGCAUCCCCCGCCUGGUUCUCCGCCCGUACUUGCCAAAGCAGAAAGCAUCUCCUUCUUCCGAUUCACCAUGCUCAGAAGAGGAGAGCAAGGACUUCAACCUGACCUCAAGUCGAUCUACAAGGACCAUAAGUAGCAACAGCUUCUGCUCAGAUGACACGGGGUGCCCCAGCAGUCAAUCUGUUUCUCCGGUUAAAACUCCCUCUGAUGCUGGUAUGAGCCCGAUGAGGUUCUGUGCGGGAAGUGAUGAUGAUUAUAGUCUCAAGACAGUUGCCGUUGACAGUUUUCCAGAUGGGAACGUUCAGCCAGCCCGAUACAAGAAGGAGCUGAAGACUGGACUACCGAAAACAGGAAGUGAAGCGGAUUUCAGUUCAUCCAGCAGUACCGGCAGCAUAUCCGCCCCAGAGGUCAACGUGAGUGCUGUGUCCGGGGGCAAGAAGACGUCAUUCUCACGCAAGCUGCCUUACCGCGCAGAGCCUCAGAAACGCGUCCCCAGGAUAGCCGCAGAGAGCCGUGUGUCUCCUGGACAGGGUCACACGUGUUCAUCAGGGAAACCGGUGCACAGUCCCCCUGCGUCCCGUGACCUCUUCUCCGUGAUGUACAGGAGUCCGAUGAACCCGGCGAAUGCUCAUGAUGCAUAUGGAAUCUCCUCUCCCAGCACCAGUAACUCGGGCUCCUACAAAGGCAGCGACACCAGCCCCACCCUGAGGCGUACCGUGCGGUACACCUCUUGCGGCAAUAACCACGGCAUCAAACCGCCUUCUCCUGAGCAGUAUCUGACGCCACUACAACAGAAGGAGGUCUGCAUUCGCCACCUGAACGCAAAGCUGAAAGAGUCCCGGGGUGCACUACAGGAAAGGGAAUCGGAAAUAGAAGACUUGAAAUCUCAGCUAGCCCGUAUGAGAGAAGACUGGAUUGAAGAGGAGUGCCAUCGCGUUGAGGCCCAGCUUGCCCUAAAAGAAGCCCGGAAGGAAAUAAAACAAUUAAAGCAGUUUAUCGAGACUAUGAAAGACAGUUUGGUUGAGAAGGACAAAGGAAUCCAGAAACAUUUCGUAGACAUAAAUAUUCAGAACCAGAAACUGGAGACCCUGCUGCGCAGGAUGGAGUUGGCCCAGGAUGAGGCAUUCAGAGAUGAACCGUGCUUGGACUACAUUUGCAGAUCACCAGGAGCUUCUCUGACUGAGAGUGCGAUGUAUGAUAAAAUCUCAGAAGGACUACAAAUGGAAGACCAAGCCACCGAGGAAAUGGCAGACUGUGAUCUGCUCCUGAACGAUGACUUUGCAAACCGAGACGAUCUGUACGAGGACAGUAUGAUGGAAACCAGGAGUGACCUUGGUAGUCUGGCCAAUCUGAAUUCUACUUUGCUGGCCGGCAUUCGUUUUGAGAAGGAUGACGAAAAAGUACAUUCGAAAUGGGCUCAAGGUUCGCGCUGGAUGGAGCAGGCAAUCCAGACAGAUGUUGUUCCUUACAGCCUGGAUCUUGAAAACCUCAUCCUCAAGAUUUUUAAAUCCUACAAUGACAAUCCAAUUGGUAGAUCAUCCUCUUUUCUACAUGGUAUCCAAUUCAUAUGUUCUGCGGGUUCCACAGGUGUAAUUGACUUGACCCCCGAUGAUCCCAAUUCAGCCAUCCUUUUAUCCCCAGAUUCCCUUCAUAGUGAUCUACUUCCCGUUGCCUUCUCAAACCGUGCCAUGAAAGAACUUGAUUUUGACAGACCUUCACUGCGACCAUCCUGUAAUGGGACAGUGCAAACCGGUCUGGCCAAAACACACUGGAGCAACCAUUUUUUAACUGAUCUUUUAGCUGUGGCUGUGCCUAUGCUCCCUACAGUUUUAUGGGCAUUCAAUACGCAGAGAGGAAAUCCCGACCCUGCUUUCAACAUUGGCACUAUGAUGCGUGGCUGCUGCUUGAUGGCUUUACAUACACUACGCAAAACAUCUGACGGUUCUUGUGUUUAGAACAUAACAUUUUCAGUGGGGGGUGGGGUGGUGGUCAGUUAGGGGCCGAUUCAAUUACGUGACCUGACAGUGGGACGACUUUGCGGCAUGUGCGUUGCUCACUUAUUUCUGCUCGCAGCCCAUGCAGGAGCGAGCAGAAAUGGGCUACUACCACUGCCACUUGCGCAGCACCUGUCUUUGAAUUUGCCUCUUAGUGUGAUAAUAGACCAUUAUAUGUAGCAAUGAUUGUAUUUAGCGUCUGUUACAUGGAAUGUUCUCUUUAGAAAAGCCAAACCCUUCCAAAAGUGAGUUUCUAUUAUUAUUAUUAUUAUUAUUAUUUAUUUUUUAAUGAAACUGUCAAUUAUUAUCUAUAUUGGGCAUUAAUCUAUAAGGAAACACAAACGUUUCAACUCUUUUAUAUAGUCCCCCAGGUAUGGUCUACUAUCGCACCAAUUUACCACCCACCCACUUACUGUAACUUUGCACCAGGAUUUAAUUUAUUUUUACAGUUAUCUCGUCCAAAAGGUAGGGAUUCCCCUAUUUAUCGUGUCUUAAAUUGGGGGCUGCGUGUUAUCUGCCAUUUUGAUUUUUUUUUAAUCUCUAAUAAUCUAUUAUAACUAUAUAGUUCCUAAACUAUUAAAUUCAUUUAGACACUUGGCUUUACCCGGUGUUGCUUUUGCUAAGCACUUUCUAUAGACUGCAUGAUGAAAUUGCAAUCCAUAAAAGGACCCUAAAGUGGACAAAUUCAGUCCUAAUCUAGGCGGAGCAUUGUUAGAUUAUAGAGUUAAUAGAAAUAUGAUACUUUCUCAUUUGUAUCGUUAGCGACUGCACGUAGAGCACUUAUCAAAUUGAGUAACUUCAAUUUGACACUACUUCACCUAAGUUUUCAUUUUGCACUUUAUCACUGAACCCUCUCAAAGCUUCUUUGAAGCAACCAAAAAAGGAAAAAAAAAUGAUAUAUAGCUUUUCUUCUCCCCUCUAUAUAAAUUGCACUAAAAUACUAAAAUAAAGUUAUUGAAUUUAAAAUGUUUAUUUACAAAUUUUUAUUUUCAAAGGUUUGAAUUUAAAAUCUUUAUUUAAAAUCUAUUUGACUUUCAAAGGUUUGAAUUUAAAAUCUUUAUUUAAAGGUCAUUGAAUUUCAACUGUUGCACUUUAGUUAAAUCUUUAUUUAAAAUCUAUUUGACUUUCAAAGAUUUGAAUUUAAAAUCUUUAUUUAAAAGUCAUUGAAUUUAAAAUGUUGUACUUCAGUUCUAAAACCGAUUUAUAGUGCAGCCUGGCUGCGCUUUAACGAGUUUAUUAGCUAGGCUUAUUGUGUGAUUUUUCCUCAUUGUCCUGCACUAGUUCAUCAGCACUGGGAAGAUUAUCUUACCUCAAAGUACUCUUGUAUAAUGUAGUCUACUCUUUUGUGUGUUUGUAAUGUAUAUGAAAACGUUUCAAAUACUCCUAGCAAAGCUGCUGUUCUCCGCGUCAUUUCAUAGGGCCCCAGUUUCCGCUGUAGGUAUGCUUGGCUAUCUGUGAAGUAUUUAUUGUUACCUAUGGUAAUGUGUUUUAUUGGUAACUGCAUUGUAUCAGAGCAUGUUUGUACUGAAAGAUGUGCCUGUAUUUAAGAGGUUUAUUGAAAGUGUUUACAGCAUAAAACGGCAUGAUGAGGUGUAUUUAUAGACUUUAACGUGUAUAGUGAUUACAAUAAAAUUCUAUAAGUGGACGUUUUUCUUAUUUAUUAUCUAUUGUGUUGCUGUAUGCAAAGAUUUGCUUGUCUGAUGUCUGUGUACAGAUCAUUAAAUAAACUGGCCUUGUCUACUCAA